AUUUCCCUUUCCAGGGGCAGCCAUGGGCAAGCACAGCAGCAAGCUGGCCCCGGAGAUGCUGGAUGACCUGGUGAGGAGCACGGAGUUCAGCGAGCAGGAGCUGAAGCAGUGGUACAAGGGCUUCCUCAAGGACUGCCCCACCGGCAUCCUCAACCUGGAGGAGUUCCAGCAGCUCUACAUCAAGUUUUUCCCCUACGGAGACGCCUCCAAGUUUGCCCAGCACGCUUUCCGCACCUUUGACAAGAAUGGGGACGGCACCAUCGACUUCAGGGAGUUCAUCUGUGCCCUGUCUGUCACCUCCAGGGGCACCUUUGAGCAGAAACUCAACUGGGCCUUCGAGAUGUACGACCUGGACGGGGACGGGAAGAUCACGCGCCUGGAGAUGCUGGAGAUCAUUGAGGCCAUUUACAAGAUGGUGGGGACUGUGAUCAUGAUGAGGAUGAACCAAGACGGGCUGACGCCCCAGCAGCGAGUGGACAAGAUCUUCACAAAGAUGGACAAGGACAAGGAUGACCAGAUCUCCCUGGAGGAGUUCAAGGAGGCGGCCAAGAGCGACCCCUCCAUCGUCCUGCUCCUGCAGUGUGACAUGCAGAAAUAGAGCCCUGGCACCCAGGGCUGGACUGGCUGGAGCCAAACUCUGCCCCCUGUGAUGGUUCCAAUCCCUGUUUUCCCCACGUUUGGCCCCAGGCAUGAGGCACAUUCCCCCCCUCCUGCUGCCCCUGCUGGGCAGCCCAAAUUCCACACCCUCCCAGGGCUGCUGUGAGCGUCACCAGCCCUCUCCCACCCUGGAGCUGGACACCCUGCAGCCACUGGUGUGUCCUGCCUGACCAGAGCCAGCUGUUCCCACAUCCCUGUGGCUUUCUCCCCACUUUCCCCCACUUGAUCCUAACCCAGACCAACUCUCUCCCCUUUCUGAUGUUUUUCAUGGCUUGUGAUGUCUCCAGGGAGGCUGAAAUGUCCCAAGUCCUGCUCCUGGUCCUCCCUUCACUGGCAAUUCCCUGGAAGGCUGCUCUGAGAGGCCAGGGCAGGGUCUUGCACCAGCUUUAGCUCUUCCACCUCUGUUCUUCCUGCUGGGAGCAGCCAGGGUUGCUCAGGACGCUUUAGCAGAGAACAGAAGUGUCCAAAGCCAGCCCUGGACGUGGCCAGUGUCCCAUCCCAGAAGCCACCUUCCAUCCCAUCAGCUGGGUGACAUCCACAGCUGCCCUGGCUGCUCUGUGACAUUUCUGACCCACCCCAAUAUUGAGGUGACCCCAAACUGAAGGCAGGGUCAGGAGUGUGGGUGUGGAAGGCAGGUCCUGCUGCUGCUCCCGGCUGUGGGGACAGCUGGGAGUUGGACUGGGAGCUGUCCUGUACCUGGUGAGCCUCCUGGCAAAGCUCUGAGGCCACAAGAAACAAAUCUGUCACCUUCCUCCCCUCUCCCAGCCUGCUGCACCCACCCCUCCUGCCCCAGGUUGGUGUUUAGUCUGCACGUUGUGGUGUUGGUGGCUGUGGUGUCUGUUAGGAGAUGGUGAAGUCCUUUCCUAUUUUUUUAAUGGAAAAAUAAACUGUCCCCUGUGUGUGGUGUCCCCCUCUGGGUGGUUUACUGGGGGGCUGGGGACAGUGAGGUGACAACACUGCGCUAAAACUGAGAAUGUUUUAGGGGUUUCACCCGAGCCUGUGACACCCCAAGGGGUGGAGAAACCCCUGGGGAGCCUGAAGGUGGGUGGAAGUGAAACCCUUCAGUCCUGCAGGCAGCUCUGGGGAAGAAGAGAACGUCACUUUUGGGGUGGGGGAGGCCCAGACCCCAAAGCUCCCUGGAAAUGGGUUUCAUUUGCCAACCAGGAGCUGCCCCCGGCUGUGCCUUUCCCUCAGGGCUGGUGGCUUUGUCCUGGGCUCCAUCCACCAGCAGCUGGGACCUGCUCUCAGCGCAUCUUUGUCCUUCUUUUCUCCACCCCCAUCUUCCCCGCACAGAUUUUCCUCUGGCCUUUCUUCUCCCUCAGCAGCCUGCACAGACAGUGACUGUUGCUAAGGAGCUCUCACCAAAUUUUAAUCCUUGUCUGUCAUCAAGCCGGCAGGGCUGGCUCCUGGGCAGCAGCGCUGCCUCCCAGCUCACACAGAUCCUGCAAUUCCCCAGCCCUUGGUGUGUCCUGCAGCAGCCAGCACCGGAGCACGGGGAUGGGAAGGUGCCAAAAGCACGGCAGGGAGGGUAUUUUUAGGAGUGCUGCUGAUGGGAGAGCUCUGUACCUCGGUUUGGCUGCUGUGCUCUCCAGGAGCGCGUGUGUGUGAGUUUGCAGCUCAGCAGUGCCUGGGAAAGAAGGAACGGGGCAGCUUGUCCCACCCUGCGGGAGCUGGGGACGUGCCAGGGCUGCUGCCUGAAAGGGCAACAACUCAAAAGCUCAGGAGAGAACUCCAAGAAUAGCCUGGUGAUCCCGGGGCCCUGCAAGCUCCUGCUUCCCUGGGGGCCACCCCAAAGGAAGCUCAGGUGUUUCCCAGCAGGGAGCUGCGAAGGCCCUGGGGAAAGGAAAUCUGUCAGGCUGAAAUGAUGCUGAAUCCCCAAAGGGGUUUGGAUUCCUGGAGCCAGCCCUGCUCAGCAGCUCACAGCUUCUCCUGGCUCUGCUCUCCUGCUUGGAGCCCGGUGCAAGCGGGGUGGUGUUGGGUUGAUCUCGUGGAUGGGGACACGAGGCUGUCCUCUGUAGGGAGGGCUGGUUUUUCUUUAGCUGGAGCACAAGAAUUUGGGUAAAACCCUGUUCUGUGACCUCCCCCCAGGAGCUGCCCUGUUCCAGGUGAGAUCCUCCAUCCCCUGCCCCUUCCUGGCUCUUGGCUUUUGGUCUCUGGGAUGCAGCCCCCGCUCUCCAAGGGCUUCUGGGGGUCUCCUGGUGGUGGGGGAAUUUUUAACCUGAGCUGAACGUGCAGCUCUGUGGCUGCUCCCACCAGCACCCGUGGGAGCGGAGAGCCUUAAUUAACACCGGCGCUGAUUCCUUUAAUGAGUGAACGGCACAGAGGUCACCCUGGCACGGAGCAGGGCCCCACCACACCUCUGUCCUCCCCUGCUGCCACCACCCCGGCUGCUCCAUCCUCUCCAGCUCCCAGCACUGCCCAGCCCGUGCUCUCAAGGAUGGCCAGACCCGGAGACCGGGACGAGCUCCGGUGUCCGCCGGUGAUGCCCCAUCGCUCCUGCUCCGUGUCCUCCCGGGGCUCUGUCCUUUGUCC